AAGCAAGAACGUGAACAGCUGCUUAUCCCCUUUAUUAUCAAAAGUACUAUAUUUAUAUAUUUUAAGGCUACUUCCCCCGCCCCCUACCCCUCCCCGCCCCCGAAAGUUGAAGAGCUUUUUCCAAUUAAGAAGGCUGAAGUUUCGUCCAUUAUACCGUUCAAGAUUGCUGUUAUACCUUCUCUCAGAAGAUGGGGUUUCCUAAUUGGCUUUUAAUCAGUGCCUUUAUUGCCAUAACGGUGUUAAUUGCUCAAGCAAUUAGAAGAUUAGUGUUAACUGUAAUCAAUGGUCGGAGAAACAGAAAGAAGGCUAUUGGGAUCUUCCACCCAUACACCAACGAUGGAGGUGGUGGAGAACGAGUGUUAUGGUGCGCCGUAAAAGCUAUACAAGAUGAAAACCCAAAUCUGGAUUGUGUUAUAUAUACUGGUGAUUUUGAUGCUUCUCCUGAUAGCCUUACUGCUCGUGCUCUUGAUCGAUUUGGCGUCAAAUUAAUCCACCCUCCUCAGGUGGUCCACCUUCGUAAGAGAAAGUGGGUCGAAGAAACCACUUACCCUCGUUUCACAAUGAUUGGGCAAAGCUUUGGAUCGAUUUACCUUGCUUGGGAAGCUUUGUGCAAAUAUACACCUUUAUAUUACUUUGAUACCAGUGGAUAUGCUUUUACUUAUCCAGUUGCCCGUACAUUUGGAUGCAAAGUUAUUUGUUAUACUCAUUAUCCAACUAUCAGUUUAGACAUGCUGUCUCGUGUUCGUGGGUGCAGUUCAAUGUACAACAAUGAUUCCUUGAUUGCCAAGAGUGCGAUACUAUCCCGGUUCAAGGUCUUCUAUUAUGCAUUGUUUAGCUGGCUGUAUAGCAUCGUUGGCUCUUGUUCACACCUUGCGAUGGUUAAUUCUUCAUGGACUCAAUCUCAUAUUGAGAAGCUGUGGGGAAUACCAGCUCGAAUUAGGCGCGUGUAUCCUCCCUGUGAUACUUCUGUACUUCAGGUGCUUCCACUGGAAAAAUCAAUGAAGCCUCCAAAGAUAGUAUCUGUCGCUCAGUUCCGCCCAGAGAAGGCACACCCACUCCAACUUGAGGCAUUUGCAGUUGCCAUAAAAAAGUUAGACCAAGAUCUGCCAAGGCCAAAAAUCCAACUAGUUGGUAGUUGUAGGAAUGAAGCGGAUGAGAAAAGGUUGCAAAAUUUGAAGGACCUAGCUAUUAAAUUGGAUGUGGAUGAUCAUGUUGAGUUCCACAAGAAUGUCUUGUACAGUGAUUUGAUCAGACUUCUAGGUGGUGCUGUAGCUGGAAUCCAUUCCAUGACAGAUGAACACUUCGGUAUAAGUGUAGUGGAAUACAUGGCUGCUGGCGCUAUACCAAUUGCGCAUAAUUCAGCUGGCCCAAGGAUGGAUAUUGUGUUACCAGAAGAUGGAAAGCAGACUGGGUUUCUUGCCAAGAGUGUAGAGGAAUUUGCUGAAGCCAUCAUUGAAGUCAUUAAGAUGCCAGAGAAUGAGCGGCUGGAGAUGGCUGCUGCUGCAAGGAAACGAGCCUCCAUGUUCUCAGAGCAAAGGUUUUAUGAAGAUUUUAAGGCUGCUGUACGACCGAUCUUUCACAAUGAUACAAAAUGAUUACAAAAUCUGUUUCCAUAGCUGCAAGAGAUCAAUUUUAUUCACUAUAAUUAGACUCGUCUCAUGCAAGAGAUCAAUUUUAUUCACUAUAAUUAGACUCUGUCUCAUCUUUUUUCUUGGUUGGUUUGCUCAUAUUUAUAAGUUUUCAUUUUGACUGUAUUUGUACUAAUGCGAUUUCAACCUUGAAGUUACUAAUUGCUAGAAAAGAAAAAUUGCCUCUAUUUUGGGGGUUAGAGUUGAAGAAAGUUUCCUCCUUUCUUACUUUUACUUGAAGUAGAUAGGCAUGUAUACAAGCAUGGUGAGGUAUUACAGAUUGAGGGAACAGUAAAUUUGGGUCUAAUGUCUGUCUGGUGAAAAAAAGCUCAACUCUCUUUUAAAUUCUUGUUGAAAUUUCACUAAGCAUAUUAGAAAAUUCUUUUCCUUUCUUCUCUGUUGUUUGGCAGGUGGGGAGGACUGGAGGAGGGGGCACUUAUUAAAAAAAGAUAAGGAAUUUGUCUAUCAUGUUUUCUUGUUUCUUUUGACAGUUUCUUUGACAAUAACCACUACAAAAAAAUGGGGAAAUAGCUGCGUUUAAAUUGUGACAGUUUUGAACAACCGCCACAAAAUGAAACAUAAAACAACAGUUUUUGAGACGCCAUAUUAAAAUUUUGAAUACCGUUGGUUUACAGAGAUUGUAGCUGUGAUAAACUGUUUAACUGCCGUUUGUGUUUCAAAUUUUAUUUAAUUUCUCCCUCAGUUUAUUCAGAAUUUCCCACUCACAAUUUGGUGUCCCUUCAAAAAUUUAGAACUCCAUCGUGCCCUCGUAUCUCUCUAUGUAGCACUUUGGGUUCUCAGGUGUGCUGUAUCCCUCAAGCUCACAAUCGCGCACCAGGUAUCACUUCUAAUUUCUUCCCAAUCUUUCUUUCCAGUAGCAACCAAAAGCAGUUUGGUUUCCCCUAAUCCCUAGUAUCUCUCUGUAUUUGCUUUUGAUUUUAGUUGUUAGAAAUGGUUUUGGGGUUCUAUUUCAGGGAAAAGUUAUGUGGUUUUCUUGUUGAUGCUCCAGAAAUAUGCUUCUUCUGCAUAGAAAGGAUGGAUUUGUUCAUCAUCUAGAAGAUUAUGAUGGAAUCUCUAAAGUAGCUGAUAUCAUCACAGGAGACGACAUCCCGGAGCUGGUGCUAGGUGUGGGUUUUUCGCGUUAACUGUGAAAUUAACUUUAGCAAUUAUCCAUGAGUAUAUUACAUGUUUUCUCUAACUUAAGCCUGAUUGUGAAGCAUUGAAUGAUGCUCGAUCCAUAAGGGUACAUGUUCAACGCACUCAAGGAUUGCUCUUAUUCCACAUUGCAUUCCUCACUAUCAACAUCACUUGCGCUGCAGCAUGAAAUAGGAAAUAAUGUCGUGAAAUCUGGAGAUAUUUGUGUUGUUUACUGAUUCGACAGUCAUUUUCAAUUGGAUAGGGAUAACAAGAUUUCCGGCUUUUUAUGUUUUAGAGCCUGUAAAGGCUGAUGUACCAGAACGUGAAAACUUGGGAGUCUGCCUGUAAGUUCAAUCUCUCUUUUCUACAACAACAUACCAGUGUAAUCCCACAAGUGGGGUCUGGGGAGGAUGGUCUGUGGUAGCUUUACCCGUUUUUUGAAGGUAGAGAGGUUGUUUCUGGUGGACCCUCAGACUCAAGUUUAGCAUAUCAAAAUCAGUAAGGAAAUACAGUAGUAGAGAAGAAAAUAUGGAAACAAGUGAGCUGCAUAGAGCAAGUAUUUAGUUCUCAUUUGCUUUUGUAAAACGCCUGCUUACUAUUCUGCCUGCCUCGCGUUAUUAUCAUUGCACUCAGGACCACAGAACUAUUGCCAUAUUUGGAAUACACUUGAUAAAUAAUGCACUUGGAUGUCUUUGAUAUCCCAGUAUUUACACUUGGAUCUCUUUGAUAUCCCAGUGUCAUUACCAUUCUAUUUGCUGCUAAAUCAUCUAAGCAUUAGAUGUGUCACUUGUUAUUUCCUCUAUUGCAAGCAUCAGCUGACUACAAACAUUUCAAUAUUUUGUGGAGACUAUCAAUUAGUUGUUAAUACAGAAUGCUGCAUAUGCCAAGUAUUUAGUUCUCAUUUGCUUUUGUACCAGCUUAUUAUUCUGCCGGCCUCACAUUAUUAUUAUUGCACUCAGGACCACAGAACUAUUGCCAUAUUUGGAAACAACUUUGAAAUGAACAGGCAGAAUAUUAUGGCUUGAAUUUGUACGUUAGCUGUUUCGCUAGGAGAGUAUUUAAGCAACAUGCUAAGGGUCCUCUAAAUACUUCAGGGACCAAGCAAGACAACAAAAACUUCAAUAUAUGGUAAGACUAUCAACAUUCAAUAUAUGGUAAGACUAUCAAACAUUCUUGAACUUGAGGAUUUUUUCAAAAAUGAAUGGAUUUAUAUGAUAUUAGCUCAUACUUGAAUCUUUGAGUUAUUACUACUGAAAAUGUGCUACUAAAGUGUUUUUUAUGGAAUUUUCAUCUAUUAAUACAUAAGCAUUCCUUUUAACGUGGCCUCAACUAGCAUGUAUGCCCUCAGACUUUGGGUGGGCACAAUUUGGCACUUAAAUUAUAUUAAAGUUGAACAAAUAGGCACACACAUCCUACGCGACAAAUCUCACACAAUUUGUAUAUAUACAUGGUUAUACAAAGCAGGCACGUUACUUAUGUUGAGGAAUGAGAGUCUAGAACAAAGAAGGAAAAAGGUGGGGAAGUUAGUUAAAGUGUAAAGAAGUUAGUUACAUUGUUGAAGUCGGUUAGUUAGUUAAGACUACACUGUUAAGCUUCUCAUUUACUCUGUAUAUAGUCGAUUAUGUACUACUACUAACAAGACAAUUGAAUUGAAUACAUCAAUACAACACAAUGAUUUACACUUCUUCCUUCUCUUUUCUUCUGUGAUUCUAAGAUAGUUGAUCUUCUACUAUCUGUUCCUUCAUUUCUCUGCUUGCUUGCAGUGAUUUGCUCUUAGUGUGAAUUACUGCAUUAAUCUUCAUGGUAUCAGAGCCAACUGAAUUGAAUUAGUACUCUUAUCGAUCCUACAAUUUCUGAUUUGAAUCUCUGGUCUUCAUCUGCUCAUUCAAGAAUUUCUGAUUUCUAGCAAUUUCUUGAGUUACUCUGACAGUAACUGCUCGACUAAUUGAAUUGCUCUGAAAGGAACUCUAUUUAAUUGAAAAUGACUAUUGACGCGCAUGAAUUGGAAAUUUAGUCCCCAACAAUUUGGAUCAAUCCCACUGCCACUGCAGCGUCCAUUUGAUUACAAUCAUUCCCUAUUCUUAUCUGCUGCAAAUGUAUCAGGUACUUCUAUUGCGUCUUUCCAGUUAAGGGGUAGUGAAAACUAUGUUGUAUGGAGUAAGGUUGUUCGAAUUGCACUACUAAGGCGUAACAAAUUUGGUAUAGUAGAUGGCUCUUGUAAGAAAAUUUCUCUACUGACAUGGGAAAUAAAUCAAUGGGAAAGAUUCAAUGCUAUAGUACUUUCUUAGCUUAUGAAUGCAGUUUCUACUGAACUACUUGGAGGGAUGGUGCAUGCCUCAACUGCAUAUUCUGUGUGGUUGGAUCUUAAGGAAAGAUUUGAUAAAAUAGAUGGUUCAAGAACUUAUAAUUUGCACUAAGAAAUUGCAACCAUGACUCAGGGAGUUCAAUCCGUGUCUUAUAUUUUACUAAGUUGAAAGACUUAUGGGAUGAGUUUGAAUCUUUAGUACCAUCAUAUUUUAUUAAGUUGAAAGACUUAUAGGAUGAGUUUGAAUCUUUAGUACCAUCUCCUGCUUGUAAGUGUGAAAAAUCAAGAGAUUUCUUGGCGUAUCUUUAAAGACAAACGUUGUAUCAGUUUCUAAUGGACUUAAAUUACACAUGCUCCCAAACAAGAAGCCAAAUCUUGUUGAUGACAGCACUACCAACUGUCAACAUAGACUACUCUAUGAUCAUGAGUGAUGAUAAUAAAAAAACUGUAGCUCAGUUUAUGCAUGCCGCAGGUCUUCUUAGUGCUGCUCCUAAUUCAGCUGAUGAAGUAGCCAUGUAUUCUAAGUCUGGCUAUCAAGGUGGUCGUUAUCAAGGUAACUAUCAAAAGGGGAAGAGAAACUAUGUGUCAACCUAUAAUCCUAGUGCCGUGUGUGAUCAUUGUAAGAUGAAAGGUCAUUACAAGGUGGGUUGGUACAAACUUGUUGGUUACCCUCUUGGACAUCCUAAACAUAGCAGAAAAUGAAUAAUGAAGCUAGAACUGGCUAUGAUCACAAGUACAAGAUGAGGAAAAUUGCUUCUAGCGAUCACAAUGUUGUGGCUGAGGAUUAGGAUCAGCAUCACCAAAAUCAAAGUGCUGGACUGUUACCUUUGCCACCAAGUUUCACACCUGAGCAAUAUAAUCAGAAUGCUGGAGAAACACACUCAAGUGCCAUCUGCUAGUGCAGCAAAUAUGUCAGGUAUUAGUAGUGCCUUGAUGGUCUGCAAUAAUUCACCUGAGUGGAUUAUCGACAUAGGUGCUACAAACCAUAUGGCUGCAGAAAUUGAUCUUCUAAACAAAGAUUCAAUAUUUGAGGCAGUAAAUCCAAAAAAAGUAAUACGACCCAAUCGUGAUGUGUCACUAGUGACACACACUGGUGUAGUAAUAUUUCUGAAAAUAGUACUAUCCAGAAUGUUUUUCAUCUACCUCAGUUUAGAUACAAUCUGUUAUUAGUCUCAAAGGCUAUUAAGCAACUUAACUGUUUAGAUACAUUCCUCCCUAACUUCUGUGUUUUUCAGGAUCUUUGGAAUGGGUAGGUGAAGGAGAUUGGUGGAGAGGAAAAUAAACUAUACUUAUUGAGACAAAAGCUUCCAAGACAUGGAAAAGUAGCAGGUUGUGUUUUCAAUACUGAGAUCACAAAUAAAUCUGAUCUAAGGCUAUGACAUAAGAGGCUUGGACAUGUUCCUUUUAGGAUAUUAUGUUGAUGUUUUCUAUUUCCAAGACUCAUCUACAUGACAAUAUAAAUAAAUGUGAAGUCUGUCCAUUUGCUAAACAAACUAGGCUAGCCUUUGCCUCUAGCAGUACAUCUAGUGUUAAAGCUUUUGACUUAGUACAUAUGGAUCUCUGGGGACUUUAUAAGGUUCCUACUUGUGAUGGACACUGGUCCUUCUAACUGUUGUGGAUAAUUUUAUUAGAAUGACAUGGGUGUUUUUACUCAAGUUGAAAACUGAUGUCAUUGUUGUUCUUAAGCAUUUUCUAUCUUACAUUCAAAACCAGUUUGAUGCUUGUGUGAAAGUGAUUAGAACUGAGUACUGAACUUUUUGCCACUUUAGACAUAACUCAUCCAACUUCUUGCUCAUAUACACCUCAGCAAAAUGGUGUAGCUGAGAGGAAGCAUAAACAUUUGUUGGAAAUAACAAGAACUAUUAGGUUUUAAGCUAAUAUACCUUUAAAGUUUUGGGGACACUGUGUGAAAGCUGCUACAUAUCUAAUAAACAGACUUCCUUCUUCUGUAUUAGGAUAUACCACACCUUAUGAAAAAUUUUACAAUAAGAAACCUGCACUAAAUCAGUUUCAGAAAAAAAAAACUGCACGACAUCAUCUAAAGGUCUUAGGCUAUUUGUAUUUUGCUAAGGUAGUACAUGAAUUGGAUAAACUUAAACCUAGAUUAAGAAAGGCUAUUCACAUGGGCUAUUCAGAAACAAAGAAAGGUUAUAUCCUUUAUGAUCUCAUUGACAAGAUUUUUUCUGUUAAUAGUGAUGUCAUUUUUUUGAAAGGUACAUUUCCAUUCAAGGAUACUGACACAAGCUUCACAAUCUUUAUUUCCUACAUAUGACUUGAUAACAGGGAGUAGUGAUGAGUUAGUUACUGAUGUGCCUAGAGUUGAGCUUAGUUCACAGUCACAAGUAACUGCUGAGAACAGCUCACAACCACAACCAAUUAUUGAGAAUGACUCGCAAUCACCUGCCGAACAACUACAAAAUACAACUAGUACUACUCUAGUCCAUUCAGGCUGCAUCAACUCCUACUGCAACAAGUAGAAUAACCAGACAAGCUGCCAGACAAGCCACUGCAAAAUUGUCACAAGAAGUUACUACACAAACUACAACACACUCUACUCAAAGAAAAUCUACCAAGACUUUAUGUCAUUAAUUAUCAAUGACAAUGUUUUAUAUCCUCUCUCAAACUAUGUUUUUUAUGAUAAUCUAUCUGACAAAUAUCAAUGCUACUUAUCUAACUUCUCUAAUCUUAUUGAACCAACAUCUUAUGCAGAGGCAGUCAUAGAGCCUAGGUGGGUAGAUGCUAUGCAAUCUAAGAGAGCUGUUCUUGAAAACAACAAUACUUGGCAGGUGGUCACUCUUCCUGAAGUCAAGCAUCCUAUAGGGUGCAAAUGGAUUUACAAAAUCAAGUUCAAAGCUUCAGGAGAAAUAGAAAAAAUCAAGGUAAGGUUGGUAGCAAAAGGGUUCAGUCAAAAGGAAGGAGUGGACUAUCAAGAGACCUUUAGUCCAGUUGUGAAAAUGGUUAAUAUGAGGACUGGCUUGGCUAUUGCAGCUGCUAGACAUUGGCAUAUCCAUCAAAUGGAUGUAUACAAUGCCUUUUUACAAGGUAAUUUGGAAGAUGAGAUCUGUAUGAAACUUCCACAAGGUUUUAAAAGUCAGGGGAGAGGGGGGAGAGACAGGUGUACAGACAUUCAAAAUCUUUGUAUGGAUUGAAACAAGCACCAAGAAAAUGGAAUGCAAAACUGCAUCUAGCCUUGAUUAAAUACAAGUUUAGGCAUAGUCAGUAUGAUUAUUCUCUAUACAUCAAAAGACAAGUGAAGGAAUAAUUGUUAUACUAGUUUAUAUAGAUGACAUACUAGUAACUGGUAGCAGACUUGAUCAGAUAAUUGAAACCAAAGAGGCUCUUCAUAAAGCUUUUAAGAUGAAGGAUCGUGGAGAACUAAAGUACUUCCUAGGCAUCGAGCUUGCAAGGUCUAAACAAGGAAUUGUGAUGCAUCAGAGGAAGUAUGCACUUGAGUUAAUCUCAGAAACAGGUCCCAGUGCUGCUAAACCAACACCUACACCUCUUGAUACUACAAAGAAAUUGACAACUAUAAAAUAUGAUCAACAUACUUCAAAUGAUGGAAGGUCAAAAGAUGAAGUACUAGCUGAUCAAGGGAUGUACCAAAGGAUAAUAGGGAAGCUGUUAUACCUCACAAUAACAAGACUAGACAUAGCAUACAGUGUACAGACCUUGUUAUAGAGUCCAAAACAGUCUCACAUGAAUGCAAUACUCAGAAUCAUUAAAUAUAUAAAAGGAAAACCGGGAGAAGGUCUUCUCAUGUCUAGCUCAAAAGGAGAUGUUCUUACAUCUCAUUGUGAUGCAGAUUGGGUUGCGUGUGCUUUCUUUAGGAAGUCUAUUAUAGGCUUUACUAUCAAACUAGGUGAAUCACUAAUUUCGUGGAAGUCAAUGAAACAGUCAAUUGUUUCUAGGAGUUCAGUUGUUUCAGAGUAUACAAGCCAUGCUUCAACAGUUGCAGAACUUACGUGGUUAGUUGGUUUGAUCAAGGAUCUAGGUGUUCAACUACAACUAGUUGUGACCAUCUUCAGUGACAGCAAAGCAGCCUUGCAAAUAGCUGCAAAUUCUGUCUACCGUGAGAGGACUAAACAUAUAGAAACAAGCUGCUACUUUGUGAAGGAAAAAAUCCAACAAGGGCUGAUCAAGACUGAAUAUAUAUCCACUCAUGACCAAUCUGCAGAUGCAUUCACUAAAGGCUUAACUAAGGUUCAACAUGAAUACCUAAUGUCCACACUUGGCCUUGUCAAUCUCUUUGCAGUGCCAAGUUUGAGGGGAGUGUUGAGGAAUGAGAGUCUAGAACAAAGAAGGAAAAAGGAGGGAAAGUUAGUUAAAGUGUCAAGAAGUUUGUUACAUUGUUGAAAUCGGUUAGUUAGUUAAAACUACACUGUUAAGCUUAUCAUUUGCUCCAUAUAUAGUCAACCAUGUACUACUACUAACAAGACAAUUGAUUGUGAAUACAUCAAUAAACGCAAUAACUUACACUUCUUCCUCCUCUUUUCUUCUCUGAUUCUAAGAUAAUUGAUCUUCUACUAUUUCUUCCUUCAUUUCUCUGCUUACAAUGAUUUACUCUUUGUGUGAGUUACUGCAUUACUCUUCAACUUAUACAUAUAAUGUGUAUGUAAUGAAUAAUAAGGUAUAAAGGUGUAUAUAUAAUGUAUGUAUAUACACUUUUAUACGUCAUGUGAUACAGAUUUCUAAAAUAGAAAAAUAAAGAGGGUUUUGUGUAGUUUGAGAAGAAUUUUUAAAAUAGCAUUGGAAGAGAUUUGACUUCCUGAAUUUCAAUGCGAACAUGUGUUGGCUAAUUUAAUUGUAACAAAUUGUUGGGAUAUGAUCACUAUGAACUGUUUCUUUGGAUUGUACAUGUGAGUAACUAUCCUUUUUUUAUUUAUAUACUAAACGACAUUUUCGCUUCUUAGUGGCACAUUGUUCGGAAUGCAGGUGGUCUAUUAUUUCACUCUUGAAAAUGUCCCACAGAACUCAAUUUAUGUUGUAUGGAAAAGUCUUUCCAGCGUCGGAAUUUUUUUUUUAAAAGUUAGAAAUUAGGAAUCUUGUUGCACCAACUUUCUCAUGGUAGCACCUUUUUGUUGGCUUUCAGACAUGAUUUGCAAUCCCUUCAGGUAAGUAUUGAUGCCCAUGAAGUGGCACAUAUAUUGGCUCGUUCGAAUUUACUUUACUCACAAUUCUUGGAUGAUUGCAGGUAUCUCCUCCGCCAGCUGAAUGAUCCACAAGUCCUGCAUAUUUAUCCGGAGCAAAAUUGGUUAGCUGACAAUUUUAGCAACUAUAGUCUAUAGGGUUGCACAUAUGGAAGAAGGAAGUCAAAGUGCGAGUGUGGGUGGGUACCCAGAUACAUUGUUGGACUUGCGACAUCCUGAUCAAGCAGGGGCAGAGAUGGAUCAGACUAAACCAACCAUAAUUUAUGAUAGCUAAUAGUAGAAGGGAACCUCGGAGCAACUGGUUAAGUUACUGCCAUAUGACUAGGAAGGAAAUGGAUUCAAGCCAUAGAAACAGCGUCUUGCAGAAAUGUGAGGUACGGCUGCGUACAAUAAAUCCUUGUGAUUCGGCACUUUCCUGAACCCCACACAUAACAGCUUUAGUGCACCGGGCUCCGGGCUGCCGUUUUUAAGCUAACAGUACAACUAUGUUGUUCUUCCACUUGUGUAUGGACUCAAAUGCACAUAUAACGUGUUAUGUUCAUGGAGCUCCUUUGUGAAUCUUUUUCAAAGCAUAUAUUACCCUUGUAUAUAAGCCAAUAAGCUGUUGGACCAAUACAGCUUUAAAUAAUUGUACAAAACGCAAUAUAUGUUGUACAAAAGUAUCAAUGAAGGAUUCAUUAGUUUCAAGACA